AUGGGACGCAAAAAGAAGAAGCAAUCAAAGCCCUGGUGCUGGUACUGCAAUCGCGAGUUUGAAGAUGAAAAGAUCCUCAUACAACAUCAGAAAGCCAAACACUUCAAGUGCCACAUUUGUCAUAAGAAAUUAUACACAGGGCCUGGACUCUCGAUACAUUGCAUGCAAGUACACAAAGAAGCCAUUGACAAGGUUCCUAACUCAUUACCAAACAGAUCCAACAUCGAAAUUGAAAUUUAUGGAAUGGAAGGUAUUCCACAAGCGGAUCUGAAAGAGCAUGAACGUCAAAAGGCUGGAAGUAGGCCAAGUGGAUCAGAUGAUGAAGAGGAUGAUGAGCCUGCUGCAAAGAAACCUAAACCAGAAGGGCUUUUAGGCACAGCUCCAGGUGUUAUGCCAGGGAUGCCUAUGAUGCAGGGCAUGAUGCCUCCACACAUGCAGGGAAUGCCACCAGGCAUGCAAAUGGGGCAUAUGAUGGCAAUGGGUCCAAUGGGACCACAUUUUAUGCAUCAUGGAAUGCCAAUGAUGCCUCCUCAUAUGGCUAUGAUGCAACAGCAAGGUGGUCCACCAAAGCCUUUAUUCCCAAGUGCUGUGCCAUCUUCAUCACCAAGCAGUGCAGUAGUGGGUGCUGAUUUUAAACCAAUUACAUCAGGUGCAACAAUUAGUGCUCCUCCCACUACAAACAAUCUGAGUGCUUCAAGCAGUACAAGCUCAGCCCCAGAUACUUCAAAAGUGAACACAAUUACGACAACAAGUGCUGCUAGUAAAAUUAUUCACCCAGCGGAAGACAUUUCUUUGGAGGAGAUCCGCGCGAGGCAUCAUAAGUAUAAGAAGUCAAUACCUACAAAAGUUGAGCGAGAAUCUCCGCAUACACAAAGUACCAGCUCAGUAGCAUCUGAUUUGGCGAUGGCUGUUUCUGCGGCACAUCAAGCUGCUGUCAGGCAACAGGAUAUUAUACACCAGGCGCAAGCUGCAAUGAUGCAAAGGUUUCCACCAAUGAGACCACCGAUAAGCAUUGCAGGAACGCCCGUAUCAAGUAUGUCGCUUGUUGCACCAAUGCGACCGAUGGCUAUUCCAGGCCCGCCCACGUUACUAGGUGGACCCAUCAUGCGACCACCAAUGGGAAUGCCUCCAGGUAUGAUUGGAAUGCCGCCAGGGGUUCUGUACGGCCCACCAAUGUUUGGCACCGGUCCAGUCAUCAUGCAACCACGUUUCAGAUGAUCUCCGAUGUAUCUGCUGUACCAUCCGCAAGUUUAAAACUUUUUUAGAAUAGUUUAAAAUAUCUACAUAUACAAACAAAAAAAUACUUUAAAAAAGCAGCAAAGAAAAGAAACAACAGUUAAUAAUUACACUAAAAAUUCAUACGUUAGUAGGAACAUUGAAAUUUUUUCCAGAUAAUUCCAAAAAAAAUGCGAAAUUAUUUGGAAAACCUAAGAAAGUGCAUGUCAAUUCAUUAUUUAUUUAUUUUAAUUUAAAUUAUUAUUUCUUUCGUUUCUUUUUUUCUGGGCCAAAUUGACCCACGCCAAUUCUUUUAUCGUUUUAUUUUAUUUUUUUCUGAUUUAAUUUAUUCUCGACAGGUUAUAUAACCGUUUA